AGCUGAUGGGGCUAAUGGGGAUAACGGAGCUAACGGGGAUAAUGGAGAUAACGGAGCUGAUGGGGCUAACGGGGGGAUAACGGAGCUAACGGAGCUGAUGGGGCUAACGGGGAUAACGGAGCUGAUGGGGCUAACGGGGAUAAUGGAGCUAACGGAGCUGAUGGGGCUAAUGGGGAUAACGGCUGAUGGGGCUAACGGGGAUAAUGGAGCUAACGGAGCUGAUGGGGCUAACGGGGAUAACGGAGCUAACGGAGCUGAUGGGGCUAAUGGGGAUAACGGAGCUGAUGGGGCUAACAGGGAUAACGGAGCUAACGGAGGUGCUGGGGCUAACGGAGAUAACGGAGCUAAUGGUGUUGAGGAGGUUAACGGGGAUAACGGAGCUGAUGGGGCUAACGGGGAUAACGGAGCUGAUGGGGCUAACGGGGAUAACGGAGCUGAUGGGGCUAACGGGGAUAAUGGAGAUAACGGAGCUGAUGGGGCUAACGGAGCUAACGGAGCUAACGGAGCUGAUGGGGAUAACGGGGAUAACGGAGCUAACAGGGAUAAAGAUACAGCCAAGCGACUGAGGACCACAGCAGCUGUCUUGGAACAUAGCCCAGUCACUAACCCAGUGACUCUGACAGCCCAAGCCCCCAGGGGUGCUAAAACCAGACUGUACACUCUCCGGCAGACUUUAAUAAAUAACGGAGCUAACAGGCAUAACGGGGCUAACGGAGCUGAUGGGGCUAAUGGGGAUAACGGAACUAACAGGGAUAACGGAGCUAACGGGGAUAACGGAGCUGAUGGGGCUAACGGGGAUAACGGAGCUGAUGGGGCUAACGGGGAUAACGGAGCUGAUGGGGUUAACGGGGAUAACGGAACUAACGGAGCUAACGGGGGUAACGGAACUAACAGGGAUAAUGGAGCUAACGGAGCUGAUGGGGAUAACGGGGAUAAAGGAGCUGAUGGGGCUAACGGGGAUAAUGGAGCUAACGGAGCUGAUGGGGCUAACGGGGAUAAUGGAGCUAACGGAGCUGAUGGGGCUAACGGGGAUAACGGAACUAACAGGGAUAACGGAGCUGAUGGGGAUAACGGGGAUAACGGAGCUGAUGGGGAUAACGGGGAUAACGGAGCUGAUGGGGCUAACAGGGAUAACGGAGCUAACGGAGCUGAUGGGGAUAACGGAGAUAAUGGAGCUAACGGAGCUGAUGGGGCUAACGGGGAUAAUGGAGCUAACAGAGCUGAUGGGGCUAACGGGGAUAACGGAGCUGAUGGGGAUAACGGGGAUAAUGGAGCUAACGGAGCUGAUGGGGAUAACGGAGCUAACGGAGCUGAUGGGGCUAACGGGGAUAAUGGAGUUAACGGAGCUGAUGGGGCUAACGGGAUAAUGGAGCUAACGGAGCUUAUGGGGGAUAACGGAGCUAACGGAGCUGAUGGGGCUAACGGGGAUAAUGGAGCUAAAGGAGCUGAUGGGGCUAACGGGGAUAAUGGAGCUAACGGAUCUGAUGGGGCUAACGGGGAUAACGGAGCUAACGGAGGUGCUGGGGCUAAUGGGGAUAAUGGAGCUAACGGAGCUGAUGGGGCUAACGGGGAUAACGGAGCUGAUGGGGCUAACGGGGAUAACGGAGCUGAUGGGGCUAACAGGGAUAACGGAGCUAACGGAGCUGAUGGGGCUAACGGGGAUAACGGAGCUGAUGGGGCUAACGGGGAUAACGGAGCUGAUGGGGCUAACAGGGAUAACGGAGCUAACGGAGCUGAUGGGGAUAACGGGGAUAAUGGAGCUAACGGAGCUGAUGGGGCUAACGGGGAUAAUGGAGCUAACAGAGCUGAUGGGGCUAACGGGGAUAACGGAGCUGAUGGGGAUAACAGGGAUAAUGGAGCUAACGGGCUGAUGGGGAUAACGGAGCUAACGGAGCUGAUGGGGCUAACGGGGAUAAUGGAGGAUAACGGAGCUAACGGAGCUGAUGGGGAUAACGGGGAUAAUGGAGCUAAAGGAGCUGAUGGGGCUAAUGGAGCUAACGGAUCUGAUGGGGCUAACGGGGAUAACGGAGCUAACGGAGGUGCUGGGGCUAAUGGGGAUAAUGGAGCUAACGGAGCUGAUGGGGCUAACGGGGAUAACGGGCUGAUGGGGCUAACGGGGAUAAUGGAGCUAACGGAGCUGAUGGGGCUAACGGGGAUAACGGAGCUAACGGAGCUGAUGGGGCUAAUGGGGAUAACGGAGCUGAUGGGGCUAACAGGGAUAACGGAGCUAACGGAGGUGCUGGGGCUAACGGAGAUAACGGAGCUAAUGGUGUUGAGGAGAUUAAUGGCGAUAACGGAGCUGAUGGGACUAACGGGGAUAACGGAGCUGAUGGGGCUAACGGGGAUAACGGAGCUGAUGGGGCUAACGGGGAUAACGGAGCUGAUGGGGCUAACGGGGAUAAUGGAGAUAACGGAGCUGAUGGGGCUAACGGAGCUAACGGAGCUAACGGAGCUGAUGGGGAUAACGGGGAUAACGGAGCUAACAGGGAUAAAGAUACAGCCAAGCGACUGA